UGAACGUUCAAAAAAAUGUCUCUUCAUUCAUCAUUUGGCUAUGACAGUCUUCGAUCCGUUAUUUUUGCGAGAGCAAUAAAAGAAUGUGAAAGUAAUAAUUAAUUUUAUUCCUACAGAAAUUUAAAACGAGCAUUAUUUAUCUGAAAGCGGUUCUGAUUUUAAGAGUAGCAUCUCUUCUGAUUCAGAAAGACAUGUGUUUGAUAGGUAUUUCAGUAAAUCUAGCAUUAGGGAAUCCAGUAUGGAAGCUGCUGAAUCCUAAAUGACACUCAAUAACUAGCAAUCUCUUUCUUAAUUUAAUACUCAACAAUGAUUACAAUUAUAUUUGUAUAGCAC